CCCCCCCGCCCCCGCCGCCGCCGGCGCCGCUGCUGCUGGACUUCAUGGAGCUGGAGGCGGCCCACCACUGGGGGCUGGACGGCGGCCCGGCCAUCAACUGGCAGGAGCGCUGCUUGGAGCUGCAGCUGGAGCUGCACCGCUUCCGCAACCAGGCGGGCCGCGUGCGCGACAUGCUGCGUGAGAAGCUGUCGGAGUUGGAGCAGAGGGUGGUGGAGGCGGAGAGCAGAGCGGAGGAGGCCGAGGACAAGGUGCGGAUGAUGGAGCAGAGGCUGGCCCACGCCGACCGAACGCCCGUGGACUCCGCCGCCCACGUCAGCCCCGCCGUCAAGGAGACCGUCAUCAACAAGUUGGAGACCCAGGUGGAGGAGCAGCGCCAACUGAGGUUGCAGGAUGCCAAGCAGGUGGAAGCCAAAGCAGCCAAGAUCAAGGAGUGGGUGACGAACAAACUGAGAGAGUUGGAGGAGCAGAACCAGCACCUGCGCGAGCAGAACCAGAAGUGCAACGCCCAGCUGGAGCUGCUGAGGAACCACCUGGCGCACAGCCAGCUGGGGCUGAAGGACCGCUCCAGCACGGGCGGGUCUUCCCGUGCUAGCCUCAGCCUUGAAGCAGCGACCACCAGCGACGACUCACUGGCCAUUCCACCCACCGAUCUUCCGACGCGCCCCCUCUCCACAGCGUCUGCAUCGUUCAGGCCGUGUUCCGAUAGCAUUGGCUCCCUCGACACAGUGCCAGGGAUGGACGCGACCAGCCUCCUGAGCCAGGACCUGCAGGCGGCGGUGGAGAGCCUCACGCUGCUGCCGUCGUCCCUGGGCGCCGUCCCGCGCCCCGCCGCCUGCCCCGGCCGGGGGGGGGAGACCGCGGUGCACGACUACGCAGAGAUCUACACCCCGAGCCGGGAGCGGGCGCUGCCCUGGCUCGGCGUCGCGGCCAACCAUCGGGACAUCUCCCACGGCGGCAGCACGAGCAGCACCAACAGCGGCUCGGAGGCGGCGGCAAGCUGCCCCGCCCGCCCGCCCACCCCGCCGCUCCACAGGUUCCCGUCGUGGGAGUCGCGCAUCUACCAGGUGGCGGCGGACGGGCUGCGGACUGCCGGGGCCCGCCUCCGCCCGCCGGCCGACGCCGCCAACAACAACAACAACAACGCCCACUGCUCGGCCGGCUACUGCGACAUCAGCGUGCCCGUCUACGCCACCGUCAAGGGGAGGGCCAGCCAGAUCCGCUCCAUCCCGUUCACGGGGGACUCGAGCGACGACUCGAGCGACGGCGAGGGCGAGCACAACGCCCACCACGGCGCGGCCGCCGGCGACGCGCCCGCCACCAACACCAGGGCCACCAACAGCAGCAGCGACAACACGGACACCUCGCUGUCGGGCGGCUCGGGCUCCAGCCCCAGCAAGAGCCUGAAGACCACCUCCAGCCUCUCCCCGGCCAAGAGGAGCUCCUCCGGCUCCCCUUCCAAAAGUAUGAAGAGAGACACGUCGUUCGAGUCGGGCAUGUCGGACGACUACGCCAUCCCGCCGGACGCCCUGUCGUGCGACACGACGAGCAUGGAGUCGUCCAUGCCCUCGCUGCUGAUGCGGGUGUCCUCGUACCUGGACAGCCCCGGCAAGCGGCUGGCGGGGGAGUCGCUGGAGAAGACGGGCCACCUGGCCAAGCUCGGCGGCAAGCUCAAGACGUGGCGCAAGCGCUGGUUCGUGCUCAAGAACGGGGUCCUCACCUACUGGAAGUCCCAGAAUGACAUAAACAGGAAGCCUCAGGGUCAGAUCGUCCUGGAUGAGAUCUGUCGCAUCACCAGGGCAGACGGAGCUGCCACCUUCGAGAUCUCGACGGGCAAGAAGACCUACUACCUGACUGCGGAGUCUAUAGCGACCAUGGAGGAGUGGAUAAGGGUGCUACAGAACGUCCAGAGGCGCAACGCGACCAAGCUUCUCCUGAGCAAGGAGGACAACAAGCCCACGAUCCAGGGCUGGCUGACCAAGGUGAAGAACGGCCACGCCAAGAAGUGCUGGUGCGUCCUGAUCGGCAAGAUGUUCCUCUACUUCAAGAACCCGAGCGACACUAACCCCGUGGGGCAGAUCAACAUGCGGGACGCCCGCGUGGAGGAGGUGGACCACGUCUCCGACAGCGACAGCGAGGACCGCGAGACGGACGGCCAGCCGACGGAGCUGACGAUAGGCAUCUUCCCGACGCACCAGGGCCCCACGUACCUGCUCAUGGCCAACAAGCAGGAGAAGGACUCUUGGCUGUACCACUUGACCGUGGUGUCCGGUGGAGGCCCCAACGCAGGCACGCAGUACGAGCAGUUGGUGCAGAAGCUCAUGGAGACAGAUGGGGAUCCAAACUGUGUGCUGUGGAGACACCCGCACCUCCUGCACAGCAAGGAAAGCAUCGCGUCGCCCCUCACUACUCUCUCCUCCGAAGCUGUGCAGGCCGAGGCUGUCAAACUGUUCAAGUCGUGCCAGCUGUUCAUCUCGGUGGCGCUGGACAGCGCGGGCAUCGACUACCACGUGGUGCUGGCGCAGAACGCGCUGCAGCAGUGCCUGGACGCUCCCGAGCUCCAGGCCGAGCUGAUGUGCGCGCUCGUGAAGCAGACGUCCCGGCACACCCAGCACAAGAUCGGUGUGCAGGUAAACAGGGCCGUCUCCAAGUUUAAGCACUCACGUCUGCUGCUCUGCGCCACACAGUCGCUGUUUGCCUGCGACUCCUCCCUGGGAGGAGGGGGCGGCAGCGGCGCCGCCAAUCAGAGGGGUUCCCCCACUUCCCUGCAGGCCACGCCCCCGCAGGCCCCGCUGCUCGACUGCAAGACCAACCCGCCGGGCUUCGUGUUCCUGCAAGGCUGGCAGCUGCUGGCGCUCGCCGCGUCGCUGUUCGUGCCGCGCAACAGCCGCCUGCUGUGGUACCUCAAGCUGCACCUGCACCGCAACGCCGACUCCAAAUCGGAGUGUGGCAAGUACGCUGCGUACUGCGAGAGGGCGCUGGAACGUACUCUGCAGAACGGGGGAAGAGAGGCGAAGCCGUCGCGAAUGGAGGUCUUGUCCAUCCUCUUGAAGAACCCGUACCACCAUUCAUUGCCUCAUGCCAUACCUGUUCACAUGCUCAACGGUACAUACCAGGUUGUAAGUUUUGAUGGCUCCACCACCAUAGAAGAGUUCCUGUCUACACUGAACCAGGAAAUAGGCUGUCGCGACGUCACGCACUCCGGCUUCACGUUGUUCAGUGACGACCCAAUAGAGAAAGACUUGGAACACUUCAUUGAUCUGCAGGCUAAGCUCUGCGACGUGAUCUCCAAGUGGGAGACGGCGCUGCGGGAGAAGGGCUCCGGCAAGUUCGAGAACACGCGGGUGAUCCAGCUGACGUACAAGAGCCGCCUGUACUGGCGGCACGGCGCCAAGAUGGAGACGGACCGCGAGCGCCUGCUGCUGUGCUACCAGGUCAACCAGCAGGUGGUGCUGGGGCGGUUCCCGCUGAGCCGCGAGCUGGCCCUGGAGCUGGCCGCGCUGAUGGCCCAGAUUGAUUUUGGGGAGUACAACUCGGAGAAAGGCCGCGGCAGCGGGGGCGUGGGAGGCAACCCCCACCAAGUGCUGCAAGCGCUCGACAAGUUCUACCCGUACAGGUACAAGGACGGCCUGUCUCCUGACGAGCUGAGGGAGCUGCAGGAGAAGCUGACGGACAAGUGGGCGUCUCUGAAGGGCCGCAGCCUGCUGGACUGCGUGCGCAUCUACCUGACGUGCGCCCGCAAGUGGCCGCUCUUCGGGGCAGCGCUGUUCCAAGCGCGGGUCCGCGGCUCGGGCGAGGGCGGGGGCAUGGCGUGGCUGGCCGUGUCGGAGGACGGCGUGACCGUGCUGGAGCUGGACAGCAUGCAGCCUGUCGCCAAGUACGCCUACGCCGGCGUCGUCACCUUCGGCGGCUGCCAGGACGACUUCAUGCUGGUGGUCGGCGCCGACGAGGGCGGAGGAGCCUCCCAGAAGCUGCUCUUCUCGCUCAGCAAGCCCAAGAUCCUGGAGCUGACGCUGCUGAUCGCGGACUACAUGAACGCGAUGGGGCGCGGCCUCCCGGGCACGCCGCAGAUGGGCACGCUGACGCGCAAUGGCUCCCACCGCUCGGCGCGGUCGCGGCCCGCGCCGGCCCCCGCCGGGCAUGGGAACCCCUCGCCGGCCUCGGGCGCCGCCCAGCCCCAGCCCGACAUCCUCAAGUCCACGCCCGACCACCAGGCCGACCCCUCCCGCCUGCACCGCGCCGACUCCAAGAAGCGCACGCACCUCGACAGCGGCGUGGCGUGAUGAGCACGCUUCCCGGGAGCGACCAGCGGAUCAGUUAGGGCCCGAGGUUUCGUCGACGGCGGGGUCCUUGGACACUGGUUCACGAGACGAGGAUGGAGCAGUCCUCGAGGGGAGCAGGAAUGUACUGACAGAAUUGAAAGGCCCGCGACGUCUCGCCGUGUUUCCCCCGCUUGCGAAAGUCCGGGUCUCUGCUGGGGGGUGAGUGGUCUCUCGACCACCGUACCCUCUUUGUCCUUGAGAAGCAAAUACAUGCAUCACAUCCCGCAUGUUGGCCUAUUCCAUUCAGCGAACAAUGAAGAAAGCAUGAAGGAGAGUUAUAUUUAUGCUACGAUUUUAAUUUAUUUCAUCAAAUACGCGCCUAAAAUUUGUUAAUUAUGAAAUCUGGUCGCAUACGUAUAGGCAAUUAAUUCUCAGGUGUUUUUUUUUAUGAUUUUUUUUUCUCCUCGACUUUUACAGUUUUCUGCUGGACUUGAGCAAGAAAACAGGAUGGAAAAAAGUUAUGGUUUUAAAGAAAAGGGAUAAAUAAUUUCAAUCGACAAUGAAUCUCUGUGAAGGCAAGUAGCUCUUGCUUGUCGUGUUUGUGAACGAACGGUCGAAGCUGCAAACGGUCGAAACCACUCAGGUUUUUACCCACCCACGUGAUAGCGUUGUACCAAAGCGUAAUCUACAUUGUUGUUUGUCUCUCCAAGUGAUAUCGUCGUCAAGAUGCUGUGAUCAGUGGACCAGAUUAGCUAAUCAGCAGUGCUAUGCGCAGAAACUACGAACCGGGCUGGAUGUAUGUCUAUUUUUGUUACUGCUUAGUGUGGGUGAUUACAAGUUAGCUGCUGAGCUUGAUGUGACUGUCAGAGCUUGUGCUUUCAUUCGAACACGUAUUGGACCAAUGAGGGUGCACCCAAAGCAAAAGCAUUUCAAACAGCAGUGACGAGUUAGGAGCAAGGUUGUGUAUGCCCAGUAGAUAAUUGCAAAUUAUAUUGGCCUAAAAUAGUUUGUUUUCAUUAGUUUAUCAUUAUUAUUAUGUGUAUUUUUCAUGUUUCUCAAACCUAGGUAUGUUAUCGCAUACACAGAGUGUCCACAUUUUGCAAUGUCAAGGAAAAUCAGGGAAAUAAAUAUUGCAGGCUUUCACAGCCAUUUGUCUGGAGCUGAUUGGCUUCUGGGUUGUUGCCACAUCAAAGGCGAAGAUGUCACCAACGUUUUGGUCUACAUUGCAGUUGAUACGCCCACAACCCACAAGCCAAGCAACUCCGAAAAUCAGGCAAGUUGUAAUUGGUCAGGAAAUCUCAGAUGGCGACUGAAAAUUCUCCAGUAAAAGAGAUUUGAAGGGGAAAUGUAUUCCUCCAGUUCCAGUCUGCCAUCAUGCAGGCUGUGGAAGCAUUUUUUUUUGGUUGGUGUUUUAAUACAUAGCCAUACACACCAUAGAAUGGUGUAUGCAAGGUUCUGUUUGUACUAGGCGUCUGCAGGGGAGGUGUAGACUGGAUUGUCUUUCUUUCAUUCAGAAAAUAUCAAUAAAGGGAAGUUAUUUAACGUCUGGGAAAUUUGCAUUUUGGUCAUGAAAUCUCAGGGAAAUUUUUAUUGACAGAUUUAGGUGGACACCCUGAUACAGACAACUAUCUCUGAUUGCUUCAUAACUUAACCAACAGAGCAUAAGCAAUUAUGUCAUCACUAACUAUAGAUUGUAAAAUAAAAAUUACUGCAUAAUACCAUGCAACAUUUACAAGUAACGAUGGAAUAUUUUCUUAGAACUUCUAAUAAACUUAAUAAAUUAAAUAUUUCCAUGUGGUACUACAGUGUUAACUACUGUACAUGGUCAAUAAUAUCUCUUAACUACGAACUGAACUGCCCUGGAACUUGAGUUUUCUUAAGAAGCUCUUAAAUGAUUCACUUGAAACAUGUGUCAUUCAGAUGCAUGCAUAAUAUCGUUUGUUCACCCUGCAAGUACCAGAAAAUAAUAUCUAAUUCAGGACAUCAUAAUAAGUGAAAAAAAAAAUUACAGUAAAAUUACAAUUGCUGUACUCUCCCACGAAGCUUUCAGAGGUGGGUGUGAUCAUCUGUAAAAGUUAUCUUUGAAAUAAUCUAGUUAUGAAACCAAAUACAAAUUGAACACCAAUAUUACCUAACAAGCAUUUUAAAAUCUGAACAACUUACAAAAUCUGUGUGCUAUUUCCGUGCUUGUUUUUUGGUAUGUAGCUCAUCUUUUCUCUGUUGUGCAAGUUAUGUACAUGUGAGACUUUCCCCGUGGAACCGUAUGCAAGAAUAAGUAGGUUAACUCUCUGCGUUCAUUGCAUUUUUUUCUGGCAGCUGAAAAGGUUCUGCAGAUGUUUACACUCCCCCCCCCCCCCCCCCCCCCAAAUUUUGUGAAUUUACGCAUGUUUUGGUGCUCUAAUUGCACUUCUAAACACUGUCCAUCAUAAUGUGCAAUUGAACAAAGAAUCUCACCCCCUUUGUUUCCCCUUUAAAUGAAAUAAAAUCCUGGCUAUGUUUUUUGAGUCAGUCACUUCAAAAAUGUCUUUGAACCACUGAGCCUAAUGCAUCUUACUGAUUAAACUGUUAUUUUUUAUUUUCCACAAUAGAAAGAAAAUAAGUGCUGUUAAAAGUAUUUUCCUUAAAAUAUUUUGCUUGUAAAAUCUUGUUUUCUCUUCCCCAUGAUUUUAAUGGAAUUCAUGUGAUAACUUGGGUUGAUUGUUUACAAAUGGUUUGUCACAGCAGUAAGUGUGUGUUGUUAUUACCAUUUAUGAAAAAUUAACCGUAAUUAUAUUACGGAUUUAAUUCACACAAUCAACAUGCAAAUAAACAAAUCAUUAGAGAUAAAAAAAAUUAGGAAACAAUUCCUUUAAGUAGACUUUAGUCUUUGAGGAUUGUGCAUCAUGCUGGCAAGUAUUCAGAUAUUUCACUUGCAUAUGUCAUUGUGGAUACAAAGAAGGAAAAAUUUUGAUAGGCAACUUAAAAUAAAUUAGUACUGCCUGAAAGUUUUCUUCUAGAAAGUUGAUUACAAAAAAGUUGUGAUCUCAUCCUUUUCUCCUUUUCUUGCUAGAAAGUUGCUAUGUCAUUAGGUACUAAAAUAGAAGAUUACGGUACCUAGUUAAAUGGCAAUGUAAACCCCUUCCCCACCAUUGUUAUGAAAGCUCAAAUAAAUAAAAUAAUAUAUUUUUUUUUAAGAAGAAAGUGGAACGUGAAAUUGAGCCAGAUAGUUUUCCAUUUAAUUAGUGAAAUCUGUAAAAUUAAAAAAUUAAAUAUAUUUUUAGGACUUUUUAAUUUAUUUUUAUUGCGUCUAGUUUUAUGUACAAGUUUGCAGUUUACAGAAAGGUAUUGGAUAGGUUUAUGUAAAUAAUUUUUGCCCCUAAGAUGUUUUUCAUUUGUGCCGCAAUGAACAUAUUGGAUUUUGAGAAUGUUUGGAGAUCAUCAGCAGGUAUUGGGAGUUAACAGUCUGUUCCAAUGGGAAAUUUUACUUCAUAUGUUGUGUUGAGCAUUAUAGCAGAAGCUAUUGUAAUUUAAAAUGUAAAGUGAACUUACUCAUGUGCAGUUGCGAUGUUUUAGCACUUGGAUUAGUGUCCAUGACGAACUGCAGUUUGAUGAUUUGAGAGGGUUGCCUCUGAUAGCUGGAGUUUUUUUGUCCGGAGAGAAUAAAAAAUUGUCCACAUCUUCUCAGUUAGUCUUCCAGCCACUCGCUACCUAAGAACUGUACAUUUCAUAUUUUCAUUUAUAAUCUACAUAAAAAUUCCAUGGUGUUCUUGUCAUGUCUUGGUCAUUUUUUUCAAAGUCCCUCUAACUUUCUGUGAAGAUUUGUAGGUUUCUCCCCCCUACCCAUUAAUUUUGAUUUCCCCCCGCCCCCCUGCUGUUCAGUUACAGAGUAUGUAUUUGACAAGUUAGUCAGGCAUGGAGCUGUUAUCUCCUAGGCACCUCGACUUUCCUAAUUUUCUGCCGUAGUUUUCGGUUUAACCUUUUGCCAAAUCUAUGUCAAGCAACAAUGCAAGAAAAUACCGCAUCUGGUGAGCUUUCAUUUAUCUGCCAUAUCUAGGGAGGCGUACAAUGCAGAUGGGCUCCAAAAUAUCUUAAAAAAACUAAAUAUUAUCAAAACAGUUAAUGGUUCAAGAGCAAAAACCUAAGUGAAGUGGAUGAAACUCAUGAGCGUGAUAACUAAAACUGCAUGGGACCUUAAACAGUUGAAAGAGUUAACCUUACUUACUUCUUGUGUGCCCUACAGAUCUUUAUCUAUUCCAUUAUUAUUUAAUUGUCUGCAAAUUUGGCUUUAUUCAUCCUAGGUUAUGUAGCUGACCUCAAACCAGUUGAGUUGAUUCUUAGGAAUCCAGAACACUAAGUGGCAAUUAGAGCGAAAUAUCUGGGUCAGUGAAUGACGGUCAUAAGUAUGAAAAAUAAAUUUGAUUUUAGUUUGUAUUACUGAAAAUGUGAACAAAUAAAUUCAUCGAAAAUUUUCUUAAAGUUUAAAAAUAAAAGUGUAGGCAAAAUUUUCAUGUUCUGAAGCUUUAUUCCAGUUGGACAUCUAGCAAACUCAAAUUCAUUAACACCACCCAUAAACCUAAAUAAAAUUAAAAAGUUUUAAUAAAUUCUUAAAAAAAAAAUUAUAAACUACUAUUAUUGCUCUAUCUCCUUAUGGCACCCAGUCUGCAUUUUCUAAAUCCUUAAAAAAAAAUAUUCCAAAAUUAUUGAUCCAAAACCAUUUUUUACUAAAAAUUUUAAAUUGAUGAGGCCCUUGUUUCACACUCCGAAAAGGUUCAAAUUUAAAAAAAAAAUUACUGUGAAAUUUUUGUAGUAAUAUUUUAAUAAAAACUAACAAACAAAAUUUACUGGAAGAAAAAUUAUUCCUGGGCAUACUUCCACGUGAGUUUGAAGAAAAAAAUCGCCUCUUAAGUUGAUGUUCACAGUUAUAGGCUCACCAGAUGAUUAAAUCUCAAGUCUAGGAAGUAGAGGACAUUAAUUUUUGUGGAGUCACUUUUUUUUUCACCUUCUACACCUUUCCUGAUAAUUUAUUUUAUGUGUUUUGAAAUUGUUCCACAUUUUUUUACAAGUAGUAAGUUUCAAGAUGGAUGUCAUCAGUUUGGAAUGAAGAAACACAAGAAAUUACCAUUUUUAAUAUUCCCAAUUUUUUUUUUGACAGAGAUUAGUAGGCCCUACCAUUAUUUUUCUUGGCAUUUCUACUUUUAAAUUCUUUUCAAAAAUCAGAUGUCCAAUUGCCCAAUUUCAACUGCAAUUUCAAUUUCAGUCAAUGUUAGCUAUUACAAUUUUUGGUCAUUGACCCAAAAAUGUUUCAUCUAUAUCCGUUUCGAAAGUUUAGAUUUUAUGAGCCAAACCAUACCACUGUCAUACUUUGUGUCAUGAUAUAACAAAUUUUCUGAACACAAGUAAAUAAAUGCUGCACUUGAACUGGAAAGAUUUUUUUUAUUACACCAAAAUAUUUUCUUGUUUUAGAAAAUUUAGAUUUUGGUAGGUAUCACCAUUAGAAAAGUUAACAAAUAAAAAAAAACACAUAAAAAAAGAAUAAAUAGUUCACUAAAUAAUUACAGAUGUUAGUUUUUUUUAAUAAGAAUGAAAAAAUGUAAGUUAACUGUGGUUCUUAUUGGUAGAUUUUUUUUAUUGUUUGGGUGUCAUUUUUUAGCAUUCAUUAUUCACAGGUGUACAAUUAAAAAUCAACCUAUAGAAGUAAAGACUAUUCUUUGAUACUAAAAUAAGGUCACUUGAAUUCAUUAUAGAUAAUAUGUGUAAUACUUCCUUCAAUAUAAUUAAUUAGAAGGUGCCAUUAUUUUUUACAGGGAAGUAAUAAGAACAUUUGUGUUUAUAAUAUGUAAAAUGUAAUAGAUUAUUUUGUAGUUGGUAGUCCUGGCAUCCCACACCCAGGUACAGCCCUGGCAGUGACCUUGGACAUGCAAACUGCUGGAAACUGUGCCUGUCCGUUCUCUAGUCGCCAUAGCAAGUGCACAGUAUUACCAAGAGUGACUGAAUCGAAACUCACCAAACCAUCACCAAAUCUGUGAAAACUAGUCACCAUUGUUUUGUAUGGGUCUUGACUGACUGUUGUUGAACUACAUUUAUGUUCGUGGUGAAGGCAAUACAAUUUACCUAUGACUAUGAGGCUUCUACAGACUUGGCUUGUUUACUGUGUAGAUCUGAAAUAUUUUGCCAAUCUUAUUUCUUAAACUUGCUUGUAUAUACGUAAUUUGUGAAUACUGCUAAAGUCUUGCAAAAGAUGAUGUGCUUUGUAAUAAUACCUAUUUUAAGUAUUUUUAGUUUGGAAUUUUGCCAGAAAUGAGAUUACUAUGGAUGUAUUUUUUAGGGAAAAAAAUAUAAUUAUGUAUUAUUACUACUAUUUUAAGGUAGCGCAUGGUGAAGAUUACAAUGUGUGUGUGUGUGUGUGUGUGUAUGUUUGCUGACGAAACCUUACAAUGAAAUGUUGGCUUACUGAAAAAUUGUGAAAAUAAUAAAAGAUGCUGAAAGUUAAA